AACAAACAAACAAACAAAUAAAUAAAUAAAAAUAAAUGAGAUGAGGGUUGAGAGUGUCUCAGCCCACUGUUGGCCUUUAGCAGCUGUUCUGUAAACAAAGGUGCAUCCUGGGAAAUAUGACCAGACACCCUGCAUUUCUCUCUAUCAUGCUGUGUGACUUUCGGAACGUCUUGUGUCCUUUUGAGCCUUAGUUCAGUUCCCAGUGUAGCUUGAAGAGGCAAGCUGAUGCUGACUUGGCGGGGGAGGGGUGCAGUGCAGAGGAAAGCGUCCUGGAUUCGCCUCUGAGUCUUGCUGACUUGGAAAGUGAUUUCCCUUCUCUGGCCCUCGUUUUCCCAUUGUUCAGCGAGGGGCUGGAGGGUUGAUUCUCAGGUUCCUCAGAGCUCCUACCUCCUAUGUGAGUUCUGUGCAGUCUAUGUGAGUCUCCCAGCAGCCUGAGCCCCCCAGGAGCUCCUAGAGCCUUAGGUGAAUGCCUCUUCUCCCGCCAGUGUGUUCACGGAGCAGGAUGGGGCUGGGUGGGUGAUGGCUUGGGGGAGCACCCUCUGUAGCUCUCUCUUCCAUCAUAGAGCCUUGCCCUGGCCUGGGGACCUUCUCCUCUGAUGCAAGCCAGCAAAGAGCCAUUUUAUCUACAUACCUCCACUCUUCCUUGGUUUCCCUGCAGCACCCCUGGAGUCCUGCUCCCUGGAGUCCUUCAGCCCUUGUGCUCCAGCUGGCUCUGGAGCCUGGCCCUAGUUCGUGCCCUGGGACCACUUAAUGGAAUGCACUGAGCAUACAGUAGGCGCCUAGUGGCAGUGGGAGGAUUCAAGUGGAGCCUGUCUAGCCCCGAUGCCGUGGACCAGACUGACAGGAGAGGUGGCGUGAAGGACGCUGGGGAGAGGAUGGGCCGUUCAGAGCCAGAGAAGCCAAGUGGACCCUCUCUGGGCAGCCAAGCCCUCUGCCACCAUGAGGAACAUCUUCAAGAGGAACCAGGAGCCCAUUGUGGCUCCUGCCAGCACCACUGCCACCAUGCCUGUCGGGCCCGUAGACAACUCCACGGAGAGUGGGGGUGGUGGGGAGAGCAAGGAGGACAUGUUUGCUCAACUGAAGGAGAAAUUCUUCAAUGAGAUCAACAAGAUCCCCUUGCCACCCUGGGCGCUGAUCGCCAUCGCUGUGGUCGCUGGCCUCCUGAUCCUGACCUGCUGCUUCUGCAUCUGCAAGAAGUGCUGUUGCAAGAAGAAGAAGAACAAGAAGGAGAAGGGCAAAGGCAUGAAGAAUGCCAUGAACAUGAAGGACAUGAAAGGGGGUCAGGAUGAUGACGACGCAGAGACAGGCCUGACGGAGGGGGAAGGUGAAGGUGAGGAGGAGAAAGAGCCCGAGAACCUGGGCAAAUUGCAGUUUUCCCUGGAUUACGACUUUCAGGCCAACCAGCUCACCGUGGGCGUUCUGCAGGCCGCGGAACUGCCUGCCCUGGACAUGGGCGGCACCUCAGACCCUUAUGUCAAAGUCUUCCUCCUUCCAGACAAGAAGAAGAAAUAUGAGACCAAAGUCCAUCGGAAGACACUGAACCCCGCUUUCAAUGAAACGUUUACCUUCAAGGUGCCAUACCAGGAGCUGGGGGGCAAGACCCUGGUGAUGGCCAUCUAUGACUUUGAUCGCUUCUCCAAACAUGACAUCAUCGGAGAGGUGAAGGUGCCCAUGAACACCGUGGACCUCGGGCAGCCCAUCGAGGAGUGGCGAGACCUGCAGGGCGGGGAGAAGGAAGAGCCAGAGAAGCUGGGCGACAUCUGCACGUCACUGCGCUAUGUGCCCACGGCCGGGAAGCUCACCGUGUGCAUCCUGGAGGCCAAGAACCUCAAGAAGAUGGACGUGGGCGGCCUUUCAGACCCCUACGUGAAGAUUCACCUGAUGCAGAACGGCAAGCGGCUCAAGAAGAAGAAGACGACGGUGAAGAAGAAGACCCUGAACCCGUACUUUAAUGAGUCCUUCAGCUUUGAGAUCCCCUUCGAGCAGAUUCAGAAAGUCCAGGUGGUGGUCACCGUGCUGGACUAUGACAAGCUGGGCAAGAACGAGGCCAUCGGCAAGAUCUUUGUGGGCAGCAACGCCACAGGCACGGAGCUGCGGCACUGGUCUGACAUGCUGGCCAACCCCCGGAGGCCCAUCGCGCAGUGGCACUCGCUCAAGCCCGAGGAGGAGGUGGACGCGCUGCUCGGCAAGAACAAGUAGGCGGCGGCAGCGGCGGCUGGGACCCGCACCCUCACGGACACUGAUGAGAUCCAGAGCUAUCAAUACCUCAGUUAUGCAACCUUAGAGGUUUUCUUUUCCAUUCGUUUGUGGUCGUGUCCUUGUUUUUCCUUCCUUUUCUCUUUUUAAAGACCAAUGUCCCUCUGAUGGCUGUGUGAGGAGAGUCCCCUAAAAGUUAGAGAGAAGCCUGGCUCUAUUCAUCGCCCGGGAGCUGGCCUUACUGCAUGCCCUGUCACGUUUUCCCGCUCACUUCUCAAAGCUUCACUUAGCCUCACCCUGAGUGAGGCCCUCCUUUGGCAGAAAUUCUCAGCACUUCCUGUUUUUGAGUGUUCUGGACCAACAAAAUGGCAGCACUUCCUAUUUCCUGACAGGGAAGGCAACACAGUGGCCACUGGUGUGUGAGUGUGUGUGUGUGUGUGUGUGUGUGUGUGUGUGUGUGAGUGUGUACAUCUCUCUGUAUUCCUGGGAUGAGCCAUGGAAGUUGUAAGGGAAGAGAAGGUUCUUUGGGGACCCUAGAAGCCCACUGGCUAGGUGGAGAUCUUCUGUCAGCUUGUGGAGAGCACAGAAUCCUGGUCAGGGGCCAGAAGCUCAUGUAUUCCUUGUGGGUGGCUAUUUGAAAGGCAAGAUGCUGAGAAUGGACUUGUCCAGAACUAGGACCAAAUCCCUGAUGCCAUCAUAGACUUCCUCCUGUUUGGUUUCUCCACAAAUGUGAUUUCUAGGACAUUUGUGGCAAUGAACUAUUUGUUAGAUUGGUCAGACUCUGACAGGGAUUGUCAGUUCCAGGACCUCAUUCUUAUUGACAAUUAAUAUCCAAUGAUGAAAAAAUAAAAGUUCUAUUACCCAGAAAAACCAAAAUCAACCCCCCUGGAUCAUGGCCUCCUUCCAAAGCACAGUUGCUUUCUCCCUUUCCAGAAUGUACGCAGUGUGGUGCGGCCUGUCACAGCUGCUGCCCCUCGUGCUUUCGCUUCUGUGUUCUCCUUUAAGUGACGCAACACUGUCUGAAGACGUGCUAUCUGUAUAGAGCCAGAGAACUUCAAGGGGAAGGUUCAAAUGUUCUUAGUUCCCAUGAGUUCCAGGGAAGAAGGGCGUGUGGAGGAGGGACGGCGACAGCAGAGAUUUCCCAGGGUGAGCUAGAUGGGAGCAUGGUGAUCCCCCCAGCUCCCACUCCUCUGCUCUGUAUGCUGGGUGGUUUAUGGGUAGCUGGCAUGGCCCGGGGAGACCCCAUCCUACCAUUCAUUAGGGAGGCUUCUCUCUAUGAAUUCCAAGAAGCAGGGUAUCCAUUCCACAUGGGUGAUGGAGGAAAUACUGCCAGGGUUUCUAACCCUCGCCCAGAAAUUCCCUAUUCACCUUUUGUCUCCAGCACUGAUAAAAAGCCAUAUAUAUGUUGGUCAAGUUUGCACUGAGUCCCCUUCCAAACCUUGGCCUGAACAAGAGCAAACCCCCACGUGGCCAGAGGCCAGGACCCCGCACUUUGGCCCCUCUCGCCCAUCUUCCAGCCUCUCUCUUCAUCUGUGGAGCCCUCAGGCCCUUGCCUUUCUUCAGAAUACUCACAAGUACUCAUGGCUUGCCCAGAAGGCUAGGAUCUCUCUCUCUCUCUCAGCAAAAUGGCAGCACUUCCUGCCCUGCCCCACUGGGCCAUCUCAGCGUCCUGUCGGCACCUGAGACACAUGAACGGUUUGGGGAGAAUCAGCGCAGAGUGUCUUUUUAUUUUAUUAAAAGAAAGGAGAGACUUUUUUGUUCUUAUCUUGGCAUUUUUUUUUGGUUGGAGCAACAGCCUGGGAGGCGGGGCUCAGCCCUGCCUGGCUCACGGAGACCCUCUCCUUCCUGCUAGUGGCUCUUGGUGCAUGGGAAGUUAUUUUUUUACUGGACAGUGUGUGUGUGUGUGUGUGUGUGUGUCCGUGUGUGUCCUUGAUGAUGAGAAUGUAGGGCUUGGGCAAGGAUUGUGGGCUUUGGCCCUUGGGGCCCGAGUCAUCAUGGGAGAUGGCCGCAGGACAGUAGGGGGCCUUCAGGAUCUGGGCGAUGCAGAGUAGGAUACCUUGGUGUGGACAUCAGAAGCUGCUGGGCUCCUCUCCCAUCCCCAGAGCUGUGGGAUUUGGUGCUUUCUCAGGGUGUCUCCCCACACGCAUUCUCCUCACCACGUCAUGGGAGCUCCCCCGUCAAUCUCAUUGCAUCUCCUGCACUCUCGCCCUUCCCCAUCCCAUAUUCUUUUCUGCCCAUAAACCUCAGUCACCCCUCCCCGAGUCCCAGUUUGCACUCCCCUGAUAGGAAGGGAAGAGAAAGGCAAGCACCUUUGGUAUUUGGGUGUCCAGGGGUCUGGAGACGGGGCUGGAUUUUCCUGCUCUUGGCCCACCUCCAGCGAGCAGCCCUGGGGUUGAGGCCAGGCUGCUGAGGCUGUUGUCUCUCAGCAUCGACGUGGAGCCAAGAAGAGGCCUGCGCUCCCUCCCCAGGCUCCGGCUGGUCCUGGGACUCUCAGAUAAGCAGAGGGUGUUCACCGGGGUCCACAGACGAGGCGGGGGCGCACACGUGGGCUUGCAUGUCUUCCACGCCUGAAACUGGCUGUUACCCAAAGCACAGAGCAUCAUUCCAAACCCUCACUGCCAUGUGGCUUUAUUUCUGGGGCUGUUAGGGUGCUGGGGUGCAAGCCCUGAGUAGGAAGUUAGGGUGUCUGACUGGUGAAGGAUUCUGAAGCCUCUGGGCCUUCACUCCCAGAGUCUAAUCCAGAGAGAAAAGUAGGACAGAGCUGGUUUUCUGAUAGAGGGACCGAAACGAUGGAAACCCGAACCCGAUCCCACCCCAAAUGGGGAUCAGUCCAGAAAGCUGUCUUCUCCUUUCUCCUUGAAUAAUCGCCCCCGAAGGGAAACGAACACUGCCAGAGCCAUGGGCAAAUGUUUAGACUUUGGAAGUGGAGGCUGAGCCUGGGGCAGCCCCGGACAGCAGUGAGCAGUGCUGGUGCUGCGAGAGGGGCCUGCGAUCCCCUGCUGGGGGCUGGGCCCAGCCUCAGAGCCUGAUCUUGUUUCUCCCCAGGACACCUAACAUUGCGUGGGGUCCUGCAGAAGCAGUUUGGGGUUGUUUUGCUGGCCUAGGGCUCCAGCGAGAGGAGCCGUACUGCUGCAGUCUUCUGGGUAAACCUGCUCCUUGUCACUGCCCCCCUGGGGCCGGGGACUGAGGGGACUCCAUGUUCCCCUAAAGUCCUAGGUUAAUUCUUGGUCUCACCCAACCUUUUGUAGAGCGAGCUGGUCCCUGAGUGUGUCUCUCCCCCAAAGGCAGGAAGAGGGUGAGCCAGGAACUGCCCUCCUGCCCUGCCCUGUCUCUCCCUGCUCCUUCCCACCCCAGGCUGGUGGGGACCCUGUCUCAGAGCCCCGAGUAGCCAGACGGGAGGGGUCCCAAGAGUCUGGUGGUCCAGGGCCCUGUGACACGCUUGCUGGAUUUGGCAAAUAGAAACCCUGGACGCGGUUAAAUUUGAAUUUCAGAUAGACGACAAAUAAAUUUCAAGCGGGGCCGAGCAGCAGCGGGACAUACGAGAAGCGACCUCGUGUUUAUCCGAAAUUCAAGUUUAACUGGGGGCCGCGUUCUGUCUGGCAGGGCUCCCGGUGACCACUUGUCUCCUCUCCCCUCAGUCCCAGGGGGCCAGGGACGGGUCACCAAGGAUUUUACUUAACCCGUUUUUUGAGAUGCAAUAUUACGAAGGGGACACUGUGACUUGAAGACACAUGAAUAUAUUUUAUUUUUUAAGCGACAACAAGAAUCUUCUGAAGCCAUUUGAGCCUCAUCUGCCCUCCAUGUGCGUUUAGUUAUAUAUAAAAGAUGGUAGUUAUCUAUACACAUAUGAACCGAAUCUUGUUUAAUCAAGAUGCAUGUCUAUAACUUUCUGUAAAUAGCCGCAUGGCAAUGCUGAGAGCCCCCAGCCCCCCAUUUUACACAACUUAUUGAGGCUGCUCCUUCAAUUUUAUGUCUUGUAAAGUCUUUGUCCCCCAGCCCCACCCCUGCCUCACCCCAUCGGCCGUCCCGGUGGGGGUCAGUGUCUGGCUCUGGCACCUGGAAAUGCUGGAGGACCCGGGACUCCGGCGCCCGAGGCCUGCCUGCCUGCUCACUUCCGUCUGCAGAGCCACCCCUCGGGGCGCCGCGCCCCGGGUCCGCCUGGCGUCUGGUGUCCCGGUAACCUCUGUGUCCUGUGUGUGUGUGGUGUGCCCCUUCUUCCCACUGUUUGAAUUAACUGAAAAGCCAUAGAGGGGGCCUCCUGCUGGAGACUGCCCUCCGCUCCUCCCAGGAGCCCCCCAUGUCCCUCUGACUGGCUCCCCACAGAACACUUGUGAAGGGCUCACGUGUCACCCCUCCUGCCCCCUCAGUCCUGUGUCAUGAGGGUGGGUGGUAGCCAGGGCUUCUGUGGGGUCUCAGACGAUGUCCCCGGCUGGCCCUGUCCACGCUGGCGCCCUCUGCCCAGCUUGACAGUCCAGCUCUGUCUCCACCCCGGAGUGUGGACUCUGUGAUGGCGAACACUCUUCCUGGGGACCUGGAAGCAGCCAGUCAGCAGCUCAAUCUGUCAACAGGUUCUGUUACUGCCUGGGGUGGUGAAUGAGUGUCUGUCACCUGGGGUGAGAGACCCAGCCCUGCCCAUUUAACACUGAGGGGUCGGGCUCGCUGGAUGGCAAUGAGGAGGGCCUCUGGGGGCUUCCCUGUUCCCCCUGCAGUCAGUGGCCCGAGCGAGAGGCAGCCGAGGGCUGUCAGGGUCCUGGGAGAAGGCUGGUUAGGCCUGGCUGUGAGGACUCACUCAGUGAAGGGACACUCCCCACAGGCCCUCCUGUUGGCUCCCCAGAGCGGCCCCAGCCCAGGGCGCCCAAGGGGCAGACAGGUGGAUAGCGGGGCCCGGGCAGCAUGCUGAGCCAGAGAGACGAGUAGCUCCCAGGCCGUGGCCCUGGCCUGAUGAAGGCAGAUAGCACAUGGGGUAACCCUGGCCUUCGGCAUGGCGACAAGCCGUGAGCGUGAGGAAGGAGACGCGGCAUGAGGAGGAUCAGGCAGGGUGGGUUAGACCUGGCCAGGGAGGCAAGGUGGGCCUGCCCUUCACAAAUGCGCUUGUGAGCACAUAAAUGUCUGGCAAUCUUUGCGCCAGGAACACGAAGAGGGUGGGGAAGACAGAGGGAAGGCGCAUCUCGAUUCUUAGCUCUCUGGGGCCAGCCCACUCACCACACCCACGGCAGACAGAAACGGAGGGGAGAGAGCUGGGAGGGGCAGUGUGUGAGGUGGAGCGACUGCAGCCAGCCCUUGCGGCCAGCGGGGCCCAGGAGGUCCCUUUUCAGAGAAUCCUGACUGUUGUGCCCUGGCUUCCCCCAUCUAAGGACUUGAUUUACUGCUUUCUGAAAUCCCUGGAUCUGAACCCUUCGAAACCGGGGCCGGGCCAACCCUGCCCCAGGUCACCCCUGCAGCGGCCGCACCAGGAACCCUGGUCUUGGUCUUCACAGGAAGGACACGCAUAGAGCCCUGCCCCCUCCCUGCUUGGCAAUGCUCCACCCCCCUCAUGUGGACUCUGUUGUUCUUGUCUGAUCUCGUCAAACUGUUAUUUUGUAAUGAGCUGCGUCUCCUUAUUAAAGAAAUGAG